CGAGGAGGAGGGUCCUGUCCGGCCGCCUGCUGCUGCCCCCUCCUCCGUGCGAGGGGACCGGGGCGACCGGGGCGGGGGCGGGGGAGGUGAUGAGCUUGGGCCGGGGGCUGCGGCAGCGGCUCGGCUGCUGCUGCCGCGGCUGCGGCGGGAGGCGACGGCGGGCCGUUGGAGGGUCUGUCCGGCCGGCCCGGGGCCAGGGGGAUGCAGCGCAGGACGUGUCUGGGUCUGGGUGUAGCUGAUCGGAGAAGAGAGGCAGACGCCGCCCGGAGAGGCCGAGGAGCAGCGGAGGAGAGCCGCCCUGACAUGCCUUUUCCUCUCCCUCCUCUCCAGCGGCCAUGUUAACCAGAAAACCCUCGGCUAGCGCCGCCGCUGGUGCUGCCUAUCCAGCCGGCAGGGCAGGGGACAGCGGCCGCCCGCUGCCGUCUUCCCCGGGCACCGGAGCCGGGGUCUCCCGGGCAGGAGCUGGGACCGGCCCGCCAUCGCCCCUCGCAUUGCCGCCGCUCAGGGCCAGCAACGCUUCCCACACGGUUGGAGGCAGUAAGCACACAAUGAAUGAGCACCUACAUGUUGGUAGCCAUGGACAAAUCCAGGUUCAGCAGCUCUUUGAAGAUAAUAGUAACAAGAGAACGGUUCUGACAACGCAGCCAAAUGGACUUACAACGCUAGGCAAAUCUGGAUUGCCAGUGGUUCAGGACAGACAGACAGAGAGUGCCCACAGGCGACAAGGGAGCUCCAGCUCUUUAAAAUCUGCAGAUGGAACAGGGAAGGUGAAAACCUCUGUUAUCACACCAGAGCAAGCAAUGAAGCAAUACAUGCAAAAAUUAACAGCUUUUGAGCAUCAUGAGAUUUUUAGCUACCCUGAAAUAUACUUCUUGGGUCCAAAUGCAAAGAAGCGGCAAGGUGUUGUUGGUGGUUCAAACAACUGUGGGUAUGAUGAUGAGCAAGGGUCUUACAUUCAAGUACCCCAUGAUCAUAUUGCAUACAGGUAUGAAGUCCUGAAAGUUAUAGGGAAAGGAAGCUUUGGGCAGGUGGUGAAGGCCUACGAUCACAAGAUGCAUCAGCACGUGGCACUAAAAAUGGUGAGAAAUGAAAAACGUUUCCACCGCCAAGCUGCGGAAGAAAUUAAGAUCCUGGAACACCUUCGGAAACAAGAUAAGGAUAAUAACAUGAAUGUUAUUCACAUGUUGGAAAACUUCACAUUCCGCAGCCAUAUCUGCAUGACAUUUGAGUUGCUGAGCAUGAACCUGUAUGAAUUAAUAAAGAAAAACAAGUUUCAGGGCUUUAGCCUGCCUUUGGUUCGGAAGUUUGCCCACUCAAUUUUACAGUGCUUGGAUGCUUUGCACAAAAACAGAAUCAUUCACUGUGACCUUAAACCUGAGAACAUUCUGUUGAAACAACAGGGUAGAAGUGGUAUUAAAGUGAUUGAUUUUGGCUCAAGCUGUUACGAGCAUCAGCGUGUCUACACUUACAUUCAGUCACGGUUUUAUCGUGCACCCGAAGUCAUCCUUGGUGCUCGUUAUGGGAUGCCCAUAGAUAUGUGGAGCUUGGGCUGUAUCCUAGCAGAGCUUCUGACCGGUUAUCCACUUUUGCCUGGAGAAGAUGAAGGAGAUCAGCUGGCUUGUAUGAUUGAACUAUUGGGCAUGCCUGCUCCAAAACUCUUAGAGUCAUCCAAGCGAGCGAAAAACUUUGUGAGCUCUAAGGGUUAUCCCCGCUAUUGCAGCAUCACAACCUUGUCUGAUGGCUCUGUAGUACUUAAUGGUGGACGCUCUCGGAGGGGAAAACUGCGUGGCCCACCAGAGAGCAGAGAGUGGGGUAACGCAUUAAAGGGGUGUGAUGAUCCCCUCUUCCUUGACUUCUUAAAACAGUGUUUAGAAUGGGAUCCUGCUGCCCGUUUGACACCCAGCCAGGCUUUGCGGCAUCCCUGGCUAAGGAGACGGUUGCCAAAACCUCCAAGUGGGGAAAAGGCCUCAGCAAAGAGAAUUUCAGAGAGUACUGGUGCUAUAACUUCAAUUUCCAAGUUACCUCCGACUUCAAGCUCAGCUUCAAAACUGAGGACUAAUUUGGCACAGAUGACAGAUGCCAAUGGGAAUAUUCAGCAAAGAACAGUGUUGCCAAAACUCGUUAGCUGAGUUUGAAAAACCCAAUGCUGUUAAUAUGAGAGAUACAAUGUGGCUGAGCCUUAUUUGUAUGAAAAAUUAGCUCAGUUAUGCAUUUUUAUUUGCUCAAUAAAUCUAUUCAUUUGUAUCUUUCAGCACUCAUUUUAAAUGUAAUUUUAAAUGUUAAUUUUGUUUUUAUAAAAAUAUGGGGACAAUGCUUUAAGUUUUUAUACUUAUUUUUUAAAAUGUUUGUCUUCUACAGUACAAUUAGCCUUACUGUAACUAGUGUGACACAGUAAUAAACAUCAGUGGCAGGCCACUGGUUACAACAUGACUGUCAUGCAUUGCAGCGUGGUAUCAAAGGUAUUAACCUUUCUCUUCCAUGGUUCGUAUUAGUUUUAACCUGGGGUAAAUUUGAAAGACUACCUUUUGGAUUUUAUGGGUUUGGUCUGGAUUCUGUGCACACUCACAUCUGUGACUGACUGGACUCCAGGGAGAAUACUCAAAGAAUACAGUUAAGCACUUGUAAACUUGUAGUUUAAAGUGGAGCCAUAGCAUGUUCUAUUGUCAUUUUUUAUGUGGUAGCCCAGAGAAAGUCAUGGUAUCACUAAAGAUACUGUCACCUCCUGUGGAAUGCUUUCUCUAUUUAAAAGUUAUGGGCUUUCAUUAAAAUGAUCAUUUAAACAUAAUGCAAAAAA